AUGGCCCAGGACAUAGACACGGACGCGCUGCUGGACCUGAGCUUCUUGACGGAGGAAGAGCAGGAGGCUAUUGUGGAGGUGCUGAGUAGGGACUCGCGGCUCAGGGUGCUGGAGGAGGGACGCAUCAGCAAACUGCGCGAGUCCGUUUCUGAUCCCAACCAGCUGAAGAUCCUGACCGGGGACUGGUUCUGUGAUGUCCGCUCCAAGCGGCACCGGCACAAUCACUUUGGUUCUGAUCUCGUCCGGGCCUCCAUCCGCAGGAAGAAGAAACCCAAAGGUGAGCGGGAUCCGAAGCGCAGUGCCAGCGUGGGGGACCUGGAGGUGAUCAGUGAGCCAGCGUCCGAGGAGGAGGGCCCGUUUGAGGUGCCGGAUGGUGAGGACAGGCUUCCCCAAGAGGCUGUUCAUCAGCUCCCCCAGCCCAUGGAGACUCAGGAGAACACAAGCCAGUCUAGCAAGCAGGAGCUGGAGGGCAAGGCAGAGAGCACCAACCCGUUCUACCCGCUGAAUGCAGCGGAAGAAGAAGCAAAGACUGAUCCGUCCCCAGACAGCCUCGUCACAGGACAGAGUAACGGGGCCUUUCAGAACGGCCAGGAAGCCAGUGCCAGGUCACCCCCAAAGAGCAACAGCGCGGACCCCGUGAAUAAACUGAUGAGCUCCUCUGUAUCCAGCCUCAGCUCGUCCACGCUGAGCGGCAGCAUGAUGAGCCUGUACAGCGACAGCGACGUGGGGAACGUGGAGGUGCGCGGCUGCAUCCAGUUCGCCCUGCAGUACGAGGCCAAGAAGAAGGAGCUGCAGAUCCGGGUCAUCCAGUGCCGGGACCUGGCUGAGGCCAAGAAGCAGAGAUCGGACCCGUAUGUCAAGAGCUACCUCCUGCCGGACAAAUCCAACCACGGCAAGCGCAAAACGGCUGUCAAGAAGCGGAGCCUGGACCCCAUCUUCAACGAGACCCUCAAGUACAAGAUCGAGCAGGCGGAGCUGCCGGGCCGGAUCCUGAACCUGUCCGUCUGGCACCACGACGCCUUGGGGCGAAACCUCUUCAUGGGGGAGGUCGAGGUCGAGCUCAGCUCCUGGGACUGGAGCAACACGGGCCCAGUGUGGUUCAACCUGCAGCCCAGGCUGCGGGUCUUGCCCGACGUUCUCGGCAGCAGGGGCAAGCUGCUCUUCGCGCUAAAGUUUAUCCCUGCGGGCACUGAAGGGGCUGGGCUCCCUCCCACUGGGGAGCUGCACAUCUGGGUGAAGGCAGCGCAGAGUCUCAUGCCCAUGCGGAGCGGCACCGUGGACUCCUUCGUUCAGUGCUACGUCCUGCCCGACGACAGCAAGACGAGCUGCCAGAAGACGCGGGUGGUGAAGCGGAGCCUGAGCCCCAUGUUCAACCACACCAUGGUGUACGACGGCUUCCAGGCCAAGGACCUGAGCGAGGCCUGCACCGAGUUCACUGUCUGGGAGCACGAGACCUUCUCCAAGCAGCAGCUGGGCGGCAUCCGGCUGAGCCUGGGCACAGGAAGUAGCUACGGGCUCCCGGUCGCGUGGAUGGACUCCACCGAGGAGGAGCGGCAGGUCUGGGAGAGCCUGCUGGCGGAGCCCCGCCAGUGGGUAGAAGCGCUGCUGCCCCUCCGGACGAACCUCACCCCCCGGACUUAGCCCCUCGCGCCGGUGCUGGCUCUGAACGCCUGCCCCGGCCCCUGCUUCAGGGGGACUGGGAGCCCAGCUGCCCCGGCUGGGAAUGGCUGGGCCUGGACAUAUUGGCUACAGUGGAACCGAGCUGCCAGGGCUUUCCUUGU